AUGGAAGAGGAACUGGAGGAAUAUGAGGAGUUGGUCCAGAUGUCAAAGCAGAAGGACUUCAUGAACACCAAUGAACUGACCAACAGUUUCUAUGACAAUGUAAGUAUGAUGGUAGUGGACAUACCCGUAUCCCUGCCCAGUCUUAAGGCCCACCAGGUGGUGGCUGUGGUCAUCUACAUGUUCAUCUUCAUGGACUCCGUGAACAUCAGUGAGGUAGACUACAGUUACUAUGACAACAAAACUUGGGAUGAGCCGCCGGAUGGGCCGCAGGAUGGGCGGGUGAAAGACACCCUCCAGGCCCACAAGGUGGCAGCUGUGGUCAUCAACAUGGUGGUCUUGGUGGUGGGUGUGCCGGGCAACCUGCUGGUUCUGUGGGUGACUGGCUUAGAGGCCAGAAAGGCCAUUAACGCCAUCUGGUUCCUCAACCUGGCUGUGGCCGACCUCCUCUCCUGCUUGGCACUGCCCAUCCACAUCAUGACCAUCCUCUGGUACGGCCACUGGCCUUUUGGUGACUCGGCCUGUCGCAUACUGGCCUCACUCAUCCUCCUCAACCUCUACGCCAGCAUCCUGCUCCUCACCACCAUCAGCGCUGACCGCUUCCUCAUCGUCUUCCGACCUCUCUGGUGCCAGAAGUACCGCGUGGCCUCGCUGGCCUGGCUGGCUAGUGGUGUGGCCUGGAUCCUGGCUCUGGUGCUCACCAUCCCGUCCUUCAUGUUCCGACGAGUGCAUAAGGACCUCUUUUCCCCAAAGCCCAUAUGUGUCGUGGACUAUGGGAAUAAUGGAACGCAGACCCAUAUUGCUGUCGAAGUCACACGUAUGGUCCUGAGUUUCCUGGUCCCCCUGGUCACGCUGAGCAUCUGCUACACUUUGCUCCUGCUUCGGACCUGGCGCCGGCCAGCCACACGCUCCACCAAGACCCUCAAGGUGGUGGUGGCCGUGGUGACCAGCUUCUUCAUCUUUUGGCUACCCUACCAGGUUUCUGGCAUGGUUUUGGUCUUGUCCCCCAAAGAGUCCUCUACCUACAAGCGCGCCAAUUCCGUGGACGUGCUGUGGGUGGCCCUGGCUUACGUCAACUGCUGUAUCAACCCCAUUAUCUAUGUGGCUGUUGCCCGGGGCCUCCACAUCCAGGCCCUCAAGUCACUGCCUGCCCGGCUGCAUCAACUGCUGACCAAAGACUAG